AUGCCGCGCCGACAGCAUAUUACCGUAUUCGCAAUACUUGCACUGUUCGCCUUCAUAGGAACCUCCUUCGUCCUGAUGUUCCGCAGUCAGCCUCAGGGCGCAGACUACCCAGGCCCAACAUCACAGGAACCGGUCCUCGUUGACAAUGAGAUAUUGCUCGGGACUGCAACGGCGCCAAAGCUGGAGAAUGAAACUCUGAAAGCAGAACUAGGGAACGCUGCGUGGAAGGUCCUCCACACUACGAUGGCGAAGUUCCCCGACAAGCCGACCGAGGAAGAUAGCCAGGCAUUGAAAUCCUACAUCCAUCUCUUUGCGCGACUAUACCCGUGUGGAGAAUGCGCGCGGCAUUUCCAGCAGAUCUUGGCGAAGUUCCCGCCGCAGGUCGCGACGAGGAGUACAGCCGCGGCGUGGGCUUGCCAUGUGCAUAACGAGGUGAACAAGAGCUUGAAGAAGGACCUUUUUGAUUGCAGUAAGAUUGGGGACUUUUAUGAUUGUGGGUGUGCGGACGAUGGGCCGGUGAAGGGGAAGGAGAAGGAGAAGGAGAAGGAUGGAUUCAAGCAGUUAGAGUUGGAGAAGGAGGGGUAG